GUGGCCACUAGCCUAUAUGAAGGCCCAAAAUUGUGUGUUCCUUUCUGCUCUGACAAUGGCAUGCCCAUUCGUGCGAGAUGUGGUGGAUGAAGAAGCACUUGUGCUGAGGAGAGCCUUCAGGCGAGAAAGGGUCUUCAGGGACCGGUUGGACCCACUGGCCUUCCCUGAUGACCAUCUAUAUGAAAGAUACAGGUUUUCUGCAGAUGGCAUCAGGUAUCUAUGCAGACUACUGGGUCCCAGGAUUAAGCACCGCACUGCACGGAGCCAUGCACUGAGUGUGGAGCAAAUGGUUUGUGUGGCCUUGCGCUUUUUUGCUAGUGGAGCCUUCCUGUACUCAGUGGGGGAUGCAGAACAGCUGAACAAGGCCACAAUUUGCCGCACAAUAAGGAGUGUGUGUCUGGCUAUCAAAGCAUUAGCAGAUGUCUUCAUCUCCUUCCCUGGCCACAGAAGACUCUGUGACAUCAAAGAGGAGUUCUAUAGGAUUGCAGGUUUCCCCAAUGUCAUUGGUGCAGUGGACUGCACACACAUAAGGAUAAAAGCCCCCUCAGGUGCCCAUGAGGCCGAUUUUGUGAAUAGGAAAUCCUUUCACAGCAUUAAUGUUCAGAUGGUCUGCAAUGCUGACUGUGUGAUCAGCAAUGUUGUGGCAAAAUGGCCUGGCUCAGUCCAUGACUCCAGAAUCUUUCGGGCCUCUGAAAUCUAUCAGUGCCUAUCACAAGGUGAAUUCUCUGGUGUGUUGCUGGGAGACAGGGGGUAUGGCUGCCAGCCUUUUCUCCUGACACCUUUCACAGACCCCCAGGAAGCACAGCAGGCCUACAACCAUGCCCAUGCCAGGACCAGGGCCAGAGUUGAAAUGACCUUUGGCCUCCUGAAGGCACGCUUUCACUGCCUUCACAAAUUAAGGGUCAGCCCUGUUAGGGCAUGUGAUAUUACUGUGGCUUGUGCUGUCCUCCACAAUGUGGCCUGCCUGAGGAAGGAGAGGGCCCCCAGAGUGCCACCAGCCAUGGACUGGGACAAUCCGGCAAUCUUCCCUGAUGACGACUGUGGUCGGCUGCUGAGGGACCAAUAUGUGUUGAAUUAUUUUAGUUAGUAUGUGUGCUUUCAAUUUUGGUUAAAUAUGUCCUGCGGUGGCAGAGGAAUUUGGGUUUUUUUGGGUUCGUUUUUUUACGAAUUUGGCCUCUUAUGAUGUUUGUGCGGUAUACUGUGUGUAAUACAAGGCUGCAGGGAGGCUACUGCAUCCAUUCAUUUGUCUGUUCAGUUGAUGUGUAUGGAUUUGUCCUGCAUUUAUUUUAGUGUGCAGACAUGCAGGGUGUGUUAUAUACAGACCUUUGAAUGUGUAUGUAUCAUUUUGUAUAAUAUGCUUGGAUUCUGUGCUUUCCAUCUUGUAGAGUCACUGUGACUUCAGUUUCGAAAGGAGCUGAUGGUUUACCUGCUUUGUUUUGUCCUUAUUCAAUAAAGGAACAUAAUGUUA